GCAGAGGAGGAUGCAGCAGCAGAAGAAGAAGCAGUAGAAGAAGAAUCAUUUAGUGACCUCCCUUCACGUAUCACAGAUAGCUAACUCUAAUUACUACAUUAACAGCGGGUCCUGUAACGUUACCAGCUUUCAGCUUUAAAGUCGAGGAGGCAGGAUGCAAGAGGAUUGUUUGUGAGGCGUUACCCCCAUCUAUGUGCCAUGUCUCUGGUUUUCCCGCGGACCAACACGAAUCCAUUUCACGGCAAGAAGGAAAAGAGAAUGAUGGCGGAGGUGAACACGUCACCGCUCAAGCACUUUGUCACAGCGAAGAAGAAGAUCAAUGGCAUCUUCGAACAGCUGGGGGCCUACAUCAAGGAGAGCGCAUCCUUCCUGGAAGAUUCAUACAAAAAUGAAGAGCUGGACCCAGUCACCACAGAGGAGCAGGUCCAGGAGGUCCGGGGAUACCUUGCCAAGGUAGCAGGUAUCGGAGAAGUGCUCGCCCGCCGACAUAUGAAGGUGGUGUUCUUUGGAAGGACGAGUAAUGGGAAGAGCUCCGUGAUCAACGCCAUGCUGUGUGACAAGGUGCUGCCGUCUGGAAUAGGACACACCACCAACUGCUUCCUCAGAGUGGAGGGCACGGACGGCAAUGAGGCCUUCCUCCUCACCGAAGGCUCUGAAGAGAGGAAGAGCAUAAAGACGGUGAACCAUCUGGCUCACGCUCUCCACCAGGACGAGGACCUCGAUGCCGGCAGCCUGGUCUGUGUCAUGUGGCCUAAAACCAAAUGUGCCCUGCUCAGAGAUGAUCUGGUGCUGGUGGACAGCCCCGGUAUUGAUGUCACCACAGAGCUGGACAGCUGGAUCGACAAGUUCUGUCUGGACGCGGAUGUUUUCGUCCUGGUGGCAAACUCAGAGUCCACGCUGAUGCAGACGGAGAAGUCCUUCUUUCACAAAGUCAACGAGCGACUCUCCAGUCCCAAUAUUUUCAUCCUCAACAACCGCUGGGACGCCUCCGCAUCAGAACCGGAAUAUAUGGAGGAGGUCCGCAGACAGCACAUGGACCGGUGCACCAACUUCUUAGUGGACGAGCUGCGUGUGGUGGACCGAGCUCAGGCCAGCGAUCGCAUCUUCUUCGUCUCUGCCAAGGAGGUUCUCCAGGCUCGUGUGCAGAGGGCUCAAGGAAUGCCUGAAGCAGGUGGAGCUCUUGCAGAAGGAUUUCAAGCCAGAAUGUUUGAGUUCCAAAACUUUGAGAGGCGAUUCGAGGAGUGUAUCUCACAGUCUGCGGUGAAGACCAAGUUCGAGCAGCACACGGUGAGGGCCAAGCAGAUCUCUGAAGCCCUGCGUCACAUCAUGGACUCUGUACACAUCGCUGCACAGGAGCAGAGAGUCUACUGCCUGGAGACCAAAGAGGACCGUCAGGACCGGUUGGAGUUUAUAGACAAGCAGCUGGACCUAUUAACCAUGGAUUGUAAAACCAAGAUCAAGAAGAUUACGGAGGAGGUGGAGAGACAGGUGUCUAAUGCCAUGGCAGAGGAGAUCAGGAAGCUCAGCGUCCUGGUGGACGACUUCCAGAUGGACUUCCACCCGUCGCCAGUGGUGCUUAAAGUCUACAAGAAUGAGCUUCAUCGGCACAUAGAGGAGGGUUUGGGCAAGAACAUGUCAGAGAGGUGCUCCACCUCCAUCACCAACGCCCUGCAGGCCACGCAGACGGACAUGAUCGAGGGUCUGAAGCCUCUGCUGCCGAGUCCCGUCAGAGAGCAGGUGGACAAGCUGGUUCCUCGUAGCUGCUUCAGCCUCAGCUACGACCUGGCCUGCGACAAGCUCUGCAGCGACUUUCAAGAGGACAUCAGCUUCCACUUUUCUCUGGGUUGGACGAUGCUGGUCAACCGCUUCCUGGGGCCCAAGAACACCCGGCGGGCCCUCAUGGGCUACAAUGACCAGGUUCCUCGGCCCAUGGCCUUGACCCCAGUCAGCACCAGCAUGCCUCCGUUCCCUCAAAGCGCAAUGACCCAGGAGGAGCUGAUGGUCUCCAUGGUGACGGGCCUCGCCUCCCUCACCUCGCGAACAUCCAUGGGCGUCCUCGUGGUCGGCGGUGUGAUCUGGAAGGCGGUGGGUUGGCGCCUGAUCGCCCUGUCGGUGGGUCUGUACGGGCUCCUCUACGUCUACGAGCGGCUCACCUGGACCACCAGGGCCAAAGAGAGGACCUUCAAGAGGCAGUUUGUGGACUACGCCAGCGAGAAGCUGCAGCUGAUCGUCAGUUACACCGGAUCCAACUGCAGCCACCAAGUCCAGCAGGAGUUGGCGGGCGUGUUCACUCAGCUCUGCCAGCAGGUCGACACCACACGGCAGAACCUCGAGGACGAGAUCACUGAUAUAAACCGUAAAAUGGAGCUUCUCGACAGCCUGCAGAGCAAAGCUAAGCUGCUGCGGAACAAGGCCGGGUGGCUGGACAGCGAACUCAACAUGUUCACUCAGCAGUACCUCCACCACAGCAAGUAGGAGGAGGCCCGACGUUAGGGGGAGGGGGGGGAGAGUCCUCUGCUGAUUUGUUUUCCUGUUUGACAAAACAAAAAAAAAAGAAAAAGAAAGGGUGGAUAGAUUGCACGUCUGACAUGAGUGAAGGGAGCGGCUGUGGGAGUCCUGCAGGUCGCUCUUCACAUUAAAAAAACAAAAAACUAAACUAAAUGUGAAGAGUUAAAAGAAGCCGAAUAUAAGCCCAAGAUAAAAAAAAAAAAACGGUCUUAUGAGUCGAUCCCCUGCUGCUCCUUCAUGUCUCCGUUCAUGUUCACGUGCGGUCGCCUGCACAUGAGCACGAACCCGAGGUCUGAUUUUCAGACCGACUUCCACCCCGACCUUUAAAUUCAAGUUGCCACUAAAAAGCUUGUGUAGAUUUAAAGUGUUGUGUAUAUACUCUAUGAACACUGGAGAAGUGCCAGCGCAGGGCGGUCCGUGCGAGUGAAUGCGAAACGUGUCUCACCUGUUAAGUAAGUAAUAUAAUAUAGCAAUGAAUGAAUGAAUGAAUGAAUGAAGCCAUGAAUAGUAAUUUAUUUUUCCAUGUUGUGGUGUAUUUGGGAGGAGGACGGGCCGUUUAAUAGACGGCUACUACCCAAACUGACUAACUGCUAGCUGCUGUUCACGCCUUCUUCUUCUUCUUUUUUUUUUUUUUUUGUUUUUCAGAGCUGAUAUUUAACAUUCACGGUUUGAUCUUGAGCACCCGAGCUAGAUUUCUAGAUCCGCUUUGACGUGUGUGUGUGCGUGCGUCUACCGUGUCUUAUCUUUUGCGAGAAUCGUCGAGACCGUUUGAGCAAGUGAAUCUGUGGAAGAGAUUAAUUGUAUAAAAGCAGAGAAUGUGUUAAGUGUGGUACAGCUUUAAGGCACCGUGUUGGUUUUAACUCUGUUUUCUUUUAUUGUCAACGAGUUCCAAACCACGUCUGAACCGAGCAGGAUGGGACUCUCCUGAACGUGCAUCUGUGUUAACGGGCGUCUGUCAGUUGUGCAUUAAUAGCGAUUAUUCAGAUACACACAUACUGUUGUAGGUUUGACUGUAUUUGUCAUUUAUUGGUGUGCAGGAUUAUUCAGAAUAUCACAAGACUCAUUCAUUAGCUGCAAAUACUUUACUCAGCGGCAACAUUUAGGGUCAUUUUUUUUUUUUUACCAAAACUAAUUAGGAUUUUUUUAAUUAAAUUUCCUAAUUAAUUAAUCUUUUGGUUGUAACUUUCCCUCUAGAUUUUUGCUGAGGAACAACCAGAGAGAUCUUAACCUUUAACUACCGGGUUCUUAUCAUUAACUAUUAACUUAUUUCAAACAGCACUGAUUGUCUUCUUUGUGUCUCCCGCUGCCUCCGUGUGUUUUGCGCGUCAUCACUACUCAGCACUACGUCUUUGUGCGUUGUAACAUUUUUUUUUUUUGUGUUGCACUGAAUGCAAGAUGAUCCUUUAUUUAUCUCACGGUGGGGAAGCGUCUCUGCACCUCGGCACCAUUCAACUCCAGAAGAAGCUGGAAUUUGGACGAUAUGCAUAUUAUAAUUAUUAUUAUGUAUGAUAUGGGAACGCUAUAGAGUGGCCAAAUCUCGCAUCUGUGCCCCCGUUUUUUUUUUUUUGUUUUUUUUUCCCCCCGAGAUUAAAAAUGAAAAAGUGUGCUUUUGUUUUCUAAACGACUACAUUUUAGAAAAUAUAUGAAGGGAAUAAACCACGCCUGAGUGGAUGUGUCUGCAUGCAGUGAUGGUUGUUGUAGCCUCAUUCUAAUGUUCAUAUGUAUGUAAAAAAUAAAGGUGACAUAAUACCAAAAAAAA